AUGGUACAGGGAAAAAUAAAAAACACAAUCAAAGAAGCUACAGAAACUAAAAGGAAUAAGGUGUCUCAGGAGCAGGGUCAGUCUCUGUACUCUUCAGUAAACAGCACAUACGCAGCCGUGGGCUUUCCUCCACCUCCCCAGACUUCAUCAUCAACUCCAUCCUCUACUCACCUACCUGAGAGACACAUUUCCUUUUUACCAAACCAGAAAACACAGGUCCAGUGUAAGAUAACUGCCAGGAGAGAUGUUCUUCAAAAGGGUCCAAAGACAGUGAUGGCACUAAAAGCAACAGAGCCAUUUGAAUAUGAGUCUCCAGAAGAGGAGAAAAGCACAAUAUUUCAUGCUACACUGGUUACUGCACGUCAGUUUUUCCAACUGAAGGUUUUUAACAACCUUAAAAAGAAAUUCACAAAGCAGAAAGUCAUUACCAAAUCCGAUUACCGUGAAUACAAAGAAAUCCUGGAGAUAAACAAAGCAUCAUCUGUGUCUGAAGUUGGCCUUGAUCAAAAGUUUGAAGUUCCAAACAGCAUCAUCAAAAUAGCAAAUAAAUUUCCAAGAUCAGAUAGUCUUCUCAAACAAGCAUCGGGAGUAUUUAUGUAUGGAUUGUUUGUGUUACAUCAGAAAAAAGUAAAUAGGAAGAACACAAUCUAUGAAAUACAGGCUAGUAUAGGAAAGAUGAAUGUUGUGGGAAAUGGAAAAUGGUACAAUAUCAAUUGUAAGGAAGGAGAUAAACUCUUCUGCUUUCAACUGAGAACAAUUGACCAGAAGCUGAAACUCACAAGUGGUAAAUUUCUUUUUUAA